CCCAAUGAAUCUCCAUUGAACCCUUUUUAUGAUUCAAUCCCACUACGUUUACUAUUCUUGGCAUUUCUUUGUCCAAUCUUCUCUUCCUCCCUCCCUCCCUUGUUCCUGGAUUUCUCCCCCCAACACCAAAGGGGGAAGAAAAACCACCCAAAACCCAGAAAAAAUAAACAAAAUAGAAAAAAAAGAUCUUCAUCCUCGAAACAAACCAUAAAAAACCCCAAAAAAAAAAAUCUUCAACCUUCGAAAUAACUUCAAAUAAGGUGUUUUCAUCAUUAUCAUCAUCCUAAGGCCUGUUCCUCCCCACAAAAUAGCCCCAUCGUCGUCCGGCCAAUGGGCGCGCACGUAGCCGGGCAUGCGCGCGACAUCAAAACGACGGCGUUUUUAUUCCUCUUAUCUUUAGCGACGACAUUUCUAGCGACGGCAGCCUCCCCGCAAUCCGACGCCCUCCUCAAAUUCAAAGCCGGCCUAGGCGACAACGACGCCCUCGGCACGUGGGACCCGGCGGUGGACCCAUGCAACAACGACCGGUCCAACUGGGCCGGCGUCCUCUGCUCGGCCGGCGCCGUCUGGGGCCUACAGCUCGAGCACAUGCAGCUCUCCGGCGUCGUCGACGUCGACGCCCUGGCGGCCAUCAACAACAUCCGGACGCUCAGCCUCAUGGACAACCGGCUCGACGGCCCGCUCCCCGAGGUGAAGAAGCUCGGGAAGCUCAAGACGCUGUUCCUGUCGAACAACUAUUUCUCCGGCGAGAUUCCGGCGGGGGCGUUCGACGGGAUGGGGUCGCUGAAGACGUUGCACCUGGCGAACAAUGAUUUUACCGGGAGGAUACCGGCGUCGAUCGCGGUGCUGCCGAAGCUGACGAUGGUGAGGCUCGACGGGAAUCAGUUUGAGGGACGGAUUCCGGAUUUCCAGCAGAAGUUUCUGCGGGCGGUGAAUGUGGCGAAUAAUGAGCUGGAAGGUCCAAUUCCUAAGAGUCUUAGCCACAUGAACCCUAACUCCUUCUCAGGGAACAAAGGUCUGUGCGGGGCCCCACUCCAGCCAUGCGCCGCCCCACCACCGUCCCUCCCACCGCCGCCGCCGCCCUUCUCCUUCCUCCCCGCGGCCGAGGCCAAGCUCACAAACCUAACCCUCGAGAUCAUCAUCGGCCUCCUAAUCCUCGUCAUCAUCCUCAUCGCCACCAUCCUCUGCCUCAUCCUCCUCCACCACCGCCGCCGCCGCCGCACACACCACUCCGACAACCCGCUCACCCGAAACCCCUCCUCCGUCACCGCCACCAAAGUCACCCUCACAACCCCGCCGGCCGUCAGGUUCGUCCAGCGGGAGGCCUCCCACCUCAGCACCGCCUCCGCCAAGAGGGCGGAGCAGCAGGCGAACAAUAACAACAGCAACCGGCUGCUGUUCCUCCGGGACGACGUGGAGAGGUUCGAUUUGCAGGACUUGUUGCGGGCGUCGGCGGAGGUGCUGGGGAGCGGGACGUUCGGGGCGUCGUACAAGGCCGGAGUGGUCGGGCAGGCGAUGGUGGUGAAGAGGUACCGGCACAUGAACAACGUUGGGAGGGAGGAGUUUCAUGAGCAUAUGAGGAGGGUUGGGAGGUUGAAGCAUCCCAAUUUGUUGCCCGUCGAGGCUUAUUAUUAUAGGAAGGAGGAGAAGCUUUUGGUGUCCAAGUUUGUGGAGCAUGGGAGCUUGGCUAGCCACCUUCAUGGGAAACACUCGUCGGGGCAAGGCCUCGACUGGCCGACGCGAGUCAAAAUCAUCCGAGGAAUCGCAAAAGGUCUCGCCUACCUCUACGAGGAGCUCCCCCUCACCCUGCCGCACGGCCACCUGAAAUCCUCCAACGUCCUCCUCUCCGACGCCUUCGAGCCCAUGCUCACCGACUACGCCCUCCGCCCCGUGGUCAACGCCGACCACGCCCACAAGCUCAUGAUCGCCUACAAGUCCCCGGAGUACGCGCAGCACGGCAAGACGUCGAACAGGACCGACGUGUGGAGCCUCGGGAUCGUGGUGCUGGAGAUCCUGACGGGGAAGUACCCCGAGAACUACCUGACUCAGGGUUACGACGGCAAGGCCGACCUCGGGACGUGGGUGAACGACAUGGUGAAGGAGAAGAAGACGGGGGAGGUUUUCGACAGGGACAUGGCCGGGACGAACAAGGACAGCAAGAGCCAGAUGAUCCACCUGCUGCAGCUGGCGUUGAGCUGUUGCGAGGAGGAUUUGGAGAGGAGGGUUGGUGUCAAGGAGGCGGUUGAGAGGAUUGAGCAGUAUGUAGAUGGUGGUGUCUAAAGAGAGAGAGAGAGAGAGAGAAUUGAUUGAAAAAUAUGGGGAGAGUUGGCUUGAGGGGGAUAAGAAGAUGUUUUUAUAGCAAAAUGGGGUUAAGGGAAACAAGAAGAUGCAUGGUGGAGGGAUUUAGUGAAUAGAAAAAAAUGUUUGUGUGAUCUUCUGUUGGGGAUUUGGAACUUGGGAGGGGUUUUAAUUAGG